UUGGUGAAUGUUUUCCCUCUAAGCGUGUCCCUGGGGGUGUGCAUGAGGGUGGCAUGGCUGAGCUGCUGCUCUCUCAGUCCGCCCGCGCACAGCACAGCAGAGGAUGCAGCGGCCGCGCAUCACAGCGGAGCUGCCCGCCUUCACACCACUUCCACAUCACUCCAAAUACCAUUAAACAGGGUGGUGGUACGGCUACGAAGCUGCCUCAGAUACUGUGAGAGACCAUUACGGCCAGCCGAGCAGGGCCCUCUGCGCUCCUAAUGGAGGGGCAGUUGGGAGGUUUUUGGGAAGGACGCCAUGUUUCCCUGUGUCUCAUCCUGGCCUUCUGCUGAUGCGCCCGCCCCUCUGGGCCAUGCCCCGCCCGCUCCUCCAGGCCAGCCGCCCAGUCAACCCCUUCCUGACCUGCUGCGCGGUUGCGCUGUGCUACCGCCCUCAGCCCCGCCCUUGAGUCCCUGUGCCAGCGACAUGGAGUCCGUCAUCGUGGUGACCGAAUACGAGCCCAGUGGCACCCCGGGGCAGGGGGGCGGAGACGACGAGGAGGUGGAGGACAUGGACAGCUCAGAAACACCCGAGCCAUCGUUCGGUCCGACACCACCCUUCCGCACGCCCUCCUGCGACCUCUUAUCUCACACAGUGGGGCGGCCUGAGGCUCUGUUCCCAGAGGCACAGGAGCACCGGGGCAGACUGAACCUUUCAGACAGGAAACUGUCACUUCAGGAGCGCUCGCAGACCCUCUCCUCACCCUGCGGAUCACCUGGCCUGAACGGCCGAUACAUCUACCCAUCUCUGCCCUACUCGCCCAUCACCUCGCCCCACUCAUCUCCGCGCCUACCCCGCAGACCCACCGUGGAGUCCCACCGAGUCUCCAUCACGGACCUGCAGGAUUGCGUGCAGCUCAACCAGUACAAGCUGAAAGAUGAGAUUGGAAAGGGCUCCUACGGAGUCGUCAAACUGGCUUACAACGAAGAUGACAACACCUACUAUGCCAUGAAAGUUCUGUCCAAGAAACGACUGAUGAGACAGGCUGGCUUCCCGCGAAGACCUCCUCCCCGAGGGGCCAAAUCAGCCCCAGAGGGCCAGCCUCAGCCCAAAGGCCCUCUGGAGCGGGUGUACCAGGAAAUCGCCAUCCUCAAGAAGCUAGACCAUCCUAAUGUGGUCAAGCUGGUCGAGGUGUUGGAUGAUCCCAGUGAAGACCAUCUAUACAUGGUAUUUGAGCUGGUCAAACAAGGUGCAGUGAUGGAGGUCCCGACUGAUAAACCACUGAACGAAGACCAGGCCCGCUUCUACUUUCAGGACCUGCUCAGAGGAAUUGAGUACUUACAUUAUCAGAAAAUCAUUCAUCGGGACGUCAAGCCAUCUAAUCUGCUGGUAGGGGAGGAUGGACAUAUUAAGAUAGCUGACUUUGGGGUCAGCAACCAGUUUGAGGGAGCAGAUGCACUGCUGACCAGCACAGUAGGAACGCCUGCCUUCCUGGCUCCAGAGACACUCUCUGAGACCCGCAAGAACUUCUCUGGCAAGGCUCUGGAUGUUUGGGCAAUGGGAGUCACAUUAUACUGCUUUGUCUUUGGCGUGUGUCCAUUUAUGGAUGAGCGCAUAUUGAGUCUGCAUCAAAAGAUUAAGACUCAGCCAGUGGAACUGCCAGAGCAUGCAGAUGUGUCUGACGAUUUGAAGGACCUGCUUUUUAAGAUGCUGGAUAAAAAUCCUGAAACCAGAAUAACUGUGCCACAAAUUAAGGUACACCCCUGGGUGACACGGCAUGGUGCUGAGCCCCUUCCUCCUGAGGAUGACAACUGCUGCAGUCUAAUUGAGGUGACAGAGGAGGAGGUGGAGAACUCUGUUAAGCACAUCCCCAGUCUGGCCACAGUGAUCCUGGUGCGUACCAUGUUACGGAAGCGAUCCUUUGGGAACCCUUUUGACUGGGGCCGUAGGGAAGAUAGGAGCCCAACCACACAGGGACACAUGCUCACAAAAGGGAGAGCAGGGAAUUUGAAAUACUGCUACAUUCAUGGUAACCAAAGGAAACAGGAGAGCGGGGAAGGCAUGAGGAGCAUGGACCUGCCCUUUGUGGGCGAGGAUGAAGUGCUUUCCUGACGCUUCGGGCCUCACUAGCAGUACUGGAAGGGCCUAGCAUCAAACACUCUCUACCUGGGAAGUGGACCAGUGGGGGAUUGGAAGGGUUCAAGAUUUCCAGGAUGUGGACGUGUAGCUGGGACAUGGACUCCGGGAAGGGCUCCCGGCUCUCAGUCAUUGAUGUGGGGCUGCCCGCCCACGCCAUGCAUGCAUCAUUUGUACAGUCCUACAGUAGCAUGCACUGUAUGUCCGUCAGUCAGGUCUCUGCUCUCAGGACCUACUCUUCCUUACGUUUGUGUGCGUGCGUGUGUGUGCGUGCAUGUGUGUGUGGGUUUUUUUCCUCCUGUCUAGCUUGGAGGUUGUGCUUGCACUUUCACUGUAGCGGGGGCGGCACUGCAGUAGAAAUGAGGAUAAGUGAAUACUAACUACUGAAGCAGCCCCCUCAACAUGCGGUUUAGAAUAACAGGCUGUUUGAAAGUCAUUGUUCUGACUGUUGUCAGGUGCUGAUAUGAAAAGGGAGAAAAGGGAAAAAGAAAAUCAUGAAAUUAUUGUUCAUAGACGUUUUAUUCAAGUCAAAGCUCGGCCUGGGUGAUACAUUGAAGUAAUAGGGAAUCAGUGAUGAUUGACAGGUAAACUAACAACCAUGCUUUGCCGUUUUGGGAAAGAAAACUGAUCGAGAACAAGAGAAGUCAAAUUUUAUUCUGAAUAGCUUGCUAAAUAGUUUUAAAUGAUUUUAACCUGUAAUGUUCUGCUCCCUUUUACUAUUAAAACAAUGGAUUAUUAUGGGGCAUUAAUAACUUUUCUGUGCAGUUCAAGUAUCUUGAUGGUUCUGAUGGAUUAAAUCUAAAAAAUAAUAUUUUAUGGGUUCCCACAGGCAUUUAUAGAUGACUUCCAGAGCAUCUCUGCUUUAACAACAGAGACAAAAAACAAUGUCACAAUACUUAUCACAAUACGCAUUGUAAAAUUUUGACACAUGCAAAAAUUUGUCACAUUUUAAAACUACUAUUAAAAACUAAUUAGUAUUCAACAUUUCACAGACUGUGCUGUACUAAAUCUAAUUAAACAUUACUAAUUCAUGUUGUGCAUCAUGCUAAAAAAUGAUCACAAUAACAAAAAACAUACAACUUCAGAACUUGUUUAGAGUACGUGUAGAAGUCUGGAGUUUCUCCAGCAGGGGCACUAUUUGCAGUCACUUUUGUCUUCAUCAUUUCAAGGGCAAUUCCCAGCAUAAUUAAACUAUUAAGAUGUAAACAAACUUUUUUGGAGUGAUUGAGUGUGAAAUGGUGCAUUGUAGAGAAAUGUACCCUCUUCUUCUGCCCACUUCUUUACAGCGGUGAUGAAAAGAACCAGGAGUGAACCUACACAUGAGUUUAAUAUGUAAUGUUGAUAAUGUUAAAAUAGGUAUAUCCAAAAAGUUCUCAAAAGCUUUUCUCAGAAGUAUUGUCAAAUAGUGUCUCAGACAUCAGGCUGCAUAUUCGUAACUAUUUCAGAUAAUAGCUUUUUAUGAGGUGGCGUUUAAAAGCAUUAAGUUCUUCAGAUGUCUGAGUCCUGUCAACAGCGUUGUGAACAAUUCUGACUCAGUUUUUUUUUUCGUCCUGAUUCAGUACUUAGAAAAAUGGAAACUGAGAGAUUUCUAUACAAUUAGGUAACAUGGAAAAGAACAUAGGAUAAAGAUAUCACAGCAUGUAGGUGUGUUUCCCAUAUGGGGAGGUUUGUUGAUAUAAUCCUGAUUUUUAGAUCAAUAAAUUACUAUUUUUAGAUAUCGCCCAGGCCUAGUCACGGCACCAAUAUGUAAAAAGAAUAGGAUUCUCAUUAAAAAUCACCAACCAACAAAUGAACAUAUUUCAUGAUGAGGACGUUUUUAUGACUCUUUAACUCUAUUCAGGGUGAUAUCUAAGGGAUAAUGCAGAUACUGUAUGUGUGCAUGUGUGUGUGUUAAGGUCACAGAGCUUUGGGUGUGUAUUAUAAUGUAUACGCACUAGCUAAUGGGCUAGGUUAUACAAUUCUUAAACUAUUUACUGUUUUUUUUACACAGAGUUAAGGAGGGAAUUCAAGUAGUGGCAUGAUCUCAUGUUUCAGAUAGUAGGUUACUCAUUUAGGGAUUACCCAGCCUGUUAGGGUAUACCAAAAUAAUUGGCUUUGUGAUAGCUUUUUCAGACUUUUAUCAACGUGAACCUUUUUUAUCGUGAAGGUCACGGUCCUUUACUGUAAUUUUACAAACCCUUGUGUGUAGAAUGACCAAAAUAAUACUUACUGGUGCAUCUUAAUGCUGUCAUGGUGAAAGUGUAUUAGUUAUUGACAUUUCGAUAUCAGGCGUAUAGAAUGCGUUUCUUUUUUAGGAAAGACAAUAACUUUUACAAUCUAUGCAUGACUUGUCACUUAUUGAACUCUUUUGGACACAGAUGUAUGCCUUACAUUUCAUCACCAUACAGCGAGAGUUUUAAUACUGUAGAGCUGAGACAGGCUAAGUUAUUCUAGUCCUGCAGUAAUGUAGAAAUGGAAGAGCAUUUUAGUAACAUGCUUUUUUUGAUCUUAGUCUGAUUUGCCCAAAGCUCUUGAGUUUUUUUUUUUUUUUGUGCACUUCAGUAAGUGAGCUCUUGUGUUUCGGCCCCUUUUCCCAUGAUUUAGAUGUAGAUCAACGUGUUUGUGAGUGGUGCUUUCUGCCACAGGACUUCCUUUGUGACUCACAUGAAAUGAUAUGGAGAACACAGUUCAUGCUUCCACACGUUAAGGAGCGGUUCAGCACGAGCGUGUUUUGAAUGUACAGCCAAAGGGUUGGGGUUUACAAGCAGGCGAAGCCACUUGUGCUCCUUUGGCUUUCUGCGCUUUGCUUCUUGCAUGUCGGCUCUGCUGUACUCUGAGGGUCAUUCUCCGAGCUGGAUGUUUCUGUGUUUUUUUGAAACUUACUAUGCAUACGGAAAUCUCGAUCUGUGGUGCAGUUCCAGACCUCGUCAGUCAGUCUCUUGUGUUUGUUGUGUUGGAUGUUGGUUAUUUUAAGGGAAAACCAUGAAAUCCCAUUGGAACAUGUAUUCUGAAUUGAUAUAUGCAUGAACGCCAGUGUUCAGAACAUGUGCAUAUAAUGGCAGGAUCUAUGAGGGAGUCUUUUAAUGGAAGAGGGAAAAAUGAAAGGAGGAAUUGCAUCAGUUUUUCAACAAUUCUGCAUAAUUCAGUCACUGAGAUAUAGUCAUUCAGAGUGGUCUGGAGUGAAAUGGUUCAUUGUAGAGAAACCGUAUGAGUGUCAGUAUAUUGUGUUUUGUGUGUAAUGUUGUGGUUUAAAAACAGUCGUGGGCAUUAAUUUGCCUUACAACACCCUGCAUUACUGCUCCUCUUUUAAAAGCAUUUGAAAAAACAUUUUAGGCCAAAAUCUUCUCAAAGCAUUCAUAAAACAAUGUCUCAGGCCUCAGGUAGCAUAUUUGUAACUAAUCCCUUUGUGUAAGCCUUUGGAGGCGUUAAGCUCUUAAGACGUCUGGUUCCUAUCACCGCUGUUGUGAACAAUCUUGUCCCUGCAAUUUUUUCUAAAAUGGAGCAUUUCACAUCAGAACACUUUGAAUGACUUUGUUUACAUUUUAUUGAUUUAAUUAUGCAGAAAUGUGUUCAAAUCGGUGGAGUUCUCCUUUAAUUGUCUGUCCUACGACAACAGCUUCUGUAACCUUAGGAGGCAAAAACAGCCUAUUGGCCCUUUAAAUAGAACUGAACCUUGAGAACCUAACAGAAAGCAUUUUAGAACACAUACAUAGAUGGUAUGUAGCUAUUUGCGUUCCACAAAUGUCAGCAAAAUUUAGAUCAAUCUGAAUGACAUUUUUAAAUUUAAUAAUGGCAUUUCAUUAGAACAUAUCUGUUAUACUUUUCACUAAAAAGGCACCAACUAAAGAGCUAUCGUUCUAAUUUCUUCUCUGCAUGCACAAGCUCACACCUUCUGACCUGACCUCAAAAUAGACCGAGAUCGCCUGCAAGGUUUGAAUUGAAAUAUAUAUAUUAAGGAAUAGGAAAACAAGAAUGCUGUAUGAUAUUUGUAUUUGUAUAGUAAAUAUUUAAGCUUUUUUCUUCAUGGUAUGUGCCCAGUUUUACCUGAAGGGCUAGAAUAUCGGCGUCCAUAUCAUUUAACGAGUAGAUUUUAGCCACUGUAGUGACAGUUUCCAUGAACAUAACUGCAUGCCAUCGAUAUCAUGACCGUCGAUUUCCAAGCAUGUUGAUACGGGAUACACCGUUACAUCACCGUUGAUCAUUCUAUACAUAUUGUAUCUUGUUCAUUAUUUGAAUAAAUUAACGUUGCCUUUA